AUGGGAAGUAUCCACACCUACUCUCAAACGCUUGUCAGUGUCCACAACCAUGUCGCAAACGCUUUGUCGUCGGACGAUGCAGUGUUCUAUGAUAUCGCCCUACCUACGUUGAGAAGGCCUGCUUACCUGUCCGAGUACGUGAACACCAUUUGUAUGGACCCCAAUUACACUGCGCCCGAUCACAGCCACUGCGUCACUGCGGGAUGGGGAGACUUAGUGCACGGUGCGAAUGAGGGCGUGGAAUUACCGCACCAUGCGAGUCUUCAGAUCGUGCCCAAUUCCGUCUGCGCCGAACGCUACGAUGUUUCUCCGGAAGACCUCGACGUUUCUCCGGAAGACCACGAUGUUUCUCAGGAAGAUCACGAUGUUUCUCCGGAAGAUCACGAUGUUUCUCCGGAAGACCACGAUGUUUCUCCGGAAGACUACGAUGUUUCUCCAGAAGACACACCCCUCAUUUACGCCGCUGGUGAAGGCAGGGAUUCCUGUCAGGUCGACUCGGGCGGUCCGCUAGCGUGCUUCCAUGACGGCCACUGGAUCAAGGUGGGCGUGGUCAAUUCAGGCAAAGGUUGCGCCGGCAACCCACUGUACCCCUCGUUCUACACGCGUGUAAAUUACUUCUACGACUGGAUAGAGAAUGUCAUUGAUUCCAACUGA